CUGAACGCACACACCGUGAAUCGAACUCAACAUCGGACAGAUUUUGCUCUACUUCUGAAAGCGUUUUCGCUCCAUAAUGACGUAUCUAAUUGUCGAAAUUUUCACUGUUAUAGCGUUGGUCCUCUGGCAAUAUCUGAAGUCGUUUGUUCAGUUUUUUUUCCCUCCUCCACGGAAGGACAUCAAUGGAGAAAUCAUUUUUCUGACGGGCGCGGGAAGCGGUCUUGGUCGCAUGUUAGCCUUCAAAUUUGCCAAGCUUGGAGCCACAGUGAUCUGCGUCGACAUAAAUCAAACUGCUAACGAAGCUACGGUGGAAGAAAUCAAAUCUCUUGGCUUCCAGGCUCGGGGCUAUAAGUGUGACUGUAGCAGCCGAGAUGACAUUUAUCGAGUGGCCGAACUUGUAAAGAACGAAGUCGGCGAAGUCACAAUUUUGAUCAAUAACGCAGGGAUCGUCAGCGGCAAAAAAUUCAUGGAAACAGAAGAUUGGAAGAUUCAGAAGACCUUUGAGGUUAACACGAUGGCACACUUUUGGACUACAAAAGCCUUUUUACCAUCCAUGCUGGAGAGAAACCAUGGUCAUGUUGUGACAAUAGCAUCAUCUGCUGGCCUGUUUGGAGUGUGUGGUUUGUGUGAUUACUCUGCGUCGAAAUUUGGAGCAGUCGGCUUUGAUGAAUCACUGAUGAUGGAGCUUAAUGCAAUGAAGAAGACUGGUGUCCAUACAACUGUUGUCUGCCCAUUCUUCAUUAACACAGGAAUGUUUGAUGGAGUGAAAACAAGGUUCCCAUUACUUCUUCCAAUUCUGGAUCCUGAUUGGGCCACAGAUAAGAUGGUUAACGCUAUUUUGCGUAAUCAAACCAUCUUGUACCUUCCAAGAAUACUGACCCUCUUCCUUUGGAUUAAAAGCACUGUUCCAAUCUCGACAUACCACACUCUAGCAGAGUUCUUUGGAACCAAUGCCUGUAUGGAUGGGUUUAAAGGAAGACCAAAGAAAACAGACUAACUUUGCACAAUUUUAACUGCUUCUGUCAGCCUGACAGAUGUAUAAUUUGUAGAGUGUGCUUUGUAAUGUUUUGAGAUCUUGUGUGGUAAUAUUCUGAGAUUUUUUGCCUUCUAGAUAGUUUUCUAGAUGUCGUAAAUUGUCUAUGAAAUGAAAAGCAAAUGAAGCUAUGAAUUGCGAUUUCUUUCUUAACAAGGAUCAUCAGUGUUCCCUUUGUUAUUGUUAUAUUUUAUCUUGUUUUAGAGAAAUUUUCAUUUUAAUAUCUGCCCAAACAUUGAACCAUGUUUCUUAAUCUUUUAUUUCCAGAAACAUUAAGGGUGCCUCUUAGGGCUUUAUUUUAGAAACCUUUCCAA